AAUCUGCGCAUGCGCGUUUGUUUGAACCAAGAUGGCGGACGAUGUGAUGGUCUGUUGUUGUUAAUUUUGAGACGUCUGUUUUGGAAAUAGUUCAAUAUGGUGGAUGCGUUUGGAGCUAUAACGUGGUGGGGAUUCAGCCCUGCUUUAGACCUACAGGAGAUUUGUUUCAGUUUGUCAUCCAAGUUUGAGAAUUUGAAAUUAUCUGGUGAAGGUCAGGAGAAGCCAUUAAAUGUUUUGAUGAUUGGUGCAGGAGAUUGCAGACAUAUCUUAAAGACCUUAUCACAUGCCAAAAGAUGGCCAAAGAGGAAAAUCAAUAUUUAUGUUGUAGAAAACAACCUGGAGGUACUUGCCCGUCAUCUUCUGCUACUCUCAAUUGCUCUGGAACCACAAGUGAGCCUUGGGCUGCAAGAAAAGACCGAACUGUUUCUAGAGCUAUUUGGCAACAGCCUGAUUCGCCCCCAGGCUAGUGAGUACCUUCAGCGUACCAGCAAUGACUUUAUAAGGAUGGUAACUGAUUUUGACUACCUUGAGGACAAGCUACCUAUAUUUGACAUCACCCAGCUAAAGUUCAAGGAACGAGAUUUACUAGAGGGGAUUUUUAAAUUCUGGAGAAACUCUGACCCCAAGUUCUUUGACAUCUGUAAGUUCUGGGAAUCAAGACAAAGGCAAUACCUUGGGGUGCGCUAUGAUGCUCGUCAGAAUGUCUAUGACUGGGACAUUACCAUGAAAUUACAAAAGAAGGCGUCCAUCGUGCACCAACACGAGUACAAGGAAUGGAGAGAGCAUGGGGUUGCCUUCGAGAUUCGCAAGGACUCGGCUUAUGAGAUAUCCAAUAGAACAUUGGCUUCUGGACUUCUGCUGAAGAAGGAGGGACAGCGUAUCCCUUGCCGUGGUUACUGGGGUGACAUCGUCAACAGCCCGUAUGUGAGCUUUGGCAUCGAGAGUGAGGAGACCUCCCUCUUCAAGAUGAACAACGGACAGCAUGUAAAAAUGGCAGGAGACGUGUCUGAGUUCAACAUUACCGCCAUGAUGCAUGAGCUGGUGUCAGGGGAGAAGUACAAGCUGCCUGACGACACGGCUAAACCUGACAAGCAGCAGAGGCAGAAGGCUACUAUUCAAGAUGUCAUAGAGGAGGAGGAGGAGGAACAGGAGGGAAAGGAAGACAAGGACACGACGUCAACAGGGAAACCGCCACAGGAAUCCUCCGAGUACAUGAAGCUCGAUGGAGUAAAAAUCUGCUUUCUUCCACUCAAUUGCGUGCCGGACCUCUCAAGGAAAAGCAAGUACAUUAAACUCUUCAAUUGUGUCUACUUUUCAAAUAGCAUGGUGCAUCUGCUUAACCAAGACUUGAAUGCUGUGUUCGCUGACGAGGCCGUCGUCGUCACAGAGACCACAAAGUUUAUGUUGGACUUGAAGGCCGAGCAGAUGCAAGAUUACGUACAGAAAGUGAUAGGCAUGGCACGAAGCGCGGGCUGCAAGCCAUCACGUUCUUGCGAUGGUGAAAAGGACGCCCACGCUGUUUUUGUUUUCACGAGGGCCGAACCACAAUGCGUAUAGAUGUCUCUAUGGCGAGCUGAGCCACAAAGCGUAUGGAAGUCUUUACAGCAAGCUGAACCACAAAGCGUAUGGGUCUUUACAGCGAGCUGAUCCACAAUGCGUAUAGAUGUCUCUAUGGCGAGCUGAGCCACAAAGCGUAUGGAAGUCUUUACAGCAAGCUGAACCACAAAGCGUAUGGAAGUCUUUACAGCGAGCUGAACCACAAAGCGUAUGGAUGUCUCUACAGCGAGCUGACCCACAAAGCGUAUAGAUGUCUCUAUGGCGAGCUGAUCCACAAAGCGUGUGGAUGUCUCUACAGCGAGCUGAUCCACAAAGCGUAUGGAUGUCUCUACAGCGAGCUGAUCCACAAAGCGUGUGGAUGUCUCUACAGCGAGCCGAGCCACAAAGCGUGUGGAUGUCACUACAGCGAGCUGAUCCACAAAGCGUGUGGAUGUCUUUACAGCGAGCCGAGCCACAAAGCGCAUAGAUGUCUUUACAGCGAGUUGAUCCACAAAGCGCAUAGAUAUUCCUUCAGCGAGCUGAUCCACAAAGCGUAUGAAUGUCUCUACAGCGAGCUGAUCCACAAAGCGUGUGGAUGUCACUACAGCGAGCUGAUCCACAAAGUGCAUAGAUGUCUCUACAGCGAGCUGAUCCACAAAGCGCAUGGAUGUCACUACAGCGAGCCGAGCCACAAAGUGCAUAGAUGUCUUUAUGUCUCUACAGAUGUACGUGUUACGCCUGGCAACUGCGCCACCUCGUUCUGCGCCGUGAGCGACAAGGGCCUCAACCUCCUCCCCAGGGUCUUCUGGGUAAUUUUCAAUAUGGCGUCAUAUUGGAAGUUACCCAGAAGACCCUGGGGAGGUUGCAAGGACCUGUACCCGAGAUUAUGACGCAGUCUUCGAUACCGUGUCCAGUCAACUCAGAUUUGGUCAUACGUUUAUUAUUGUAAAAAUACUAACAACAGGAUAAAAA